AUGGCUGCCAACAACAUGGUUAACCCCGCCGUGGACCCCGACCGCGAAGACGAGCUCUUCCUCAAGGAGGUCGAGGAGGUCAAGCGCUGGUGGAGCGAGCCCCGUUGGAGAUUCACGAAGCGUCCCUUUACCGCUGAGCAAAUCGUUAGCAAGAGAGGACACCUGAAGGUCGACUACCCGAGCAACGCGCAAUCAAAGAAGCUAUUCGACAUCCUGGAGAACCGCUUCAAGACAAAGGACGCCAGCUACACUUACGGUUGCUUGGAGCCCACAAUGGUCACCCAAAUGGCCAAGUACCUCGACACUGUCUACGUCUCCGGCUGGCAAUCAUCGUCAACCGCCUCCGCCUCUGACGAGCCUGGCCCGGAUCUGGCUGACUACCCCUACACCACCGUGCCCAACAAGGUUGCCCACCUGUUCAUGGCGCAGCUUUUCCACGACAGGAAACAGCGUCAAGAGCGCCUCAGCGUUCCGAAGGAGGCCCGAGCCAAGCUCGCCAACAUUGACUACCUCAGACCCAUCAUCGCCGACGCCGACACCGGUCACGGCGGUCUGACCGCUGUGAUGAAGCUCACCAAGCUCUUUGUCGAGAAGGGUGCUGCUGGUGUUCACAUUGAGGAUCAGGCCCCUGGCACUAAGAAGUGCGGCCACAUGGCCGGCAAGGUCCUUGUCCCCAUCAGCGAGCACAUCAACCGCCUCGUUGCCAUCCGCGCGCAGGCCGACAUCAUGGGCUCCAACCUGGUCGCUGUCGCCCGAACUGACGCCGAGGCCGCUACCCUGAUCUCCACCAACAUUGACCCCAGAGACCAUGCCUUCAUUCUCGGCUCCACGAACCCCAACCUUCAGUCCUUGAACGACCUCAUGUUCGCAGCAGAAAAGGCGGGCAAGCUCGGCGACGAGCUUCAGUCCAUUGAGGAUGCCUGGCUGAAGCAGGCGAACCUCAAGCGCUUCGACGAGGCCGUGGUCGACGCCAUCAAGGCCAGCCCCAGCCCGAACAAGGAGAACAUGAUCAAGCAGUACACUACUGCCGCCAAGAGUAAGAGCAACACUGAGGCCCGCGCCAUUGCCAAGAGCGUCGUUGGUAGUGAUGUUUUCUUCGACUGGGAUGCGCCCCGUACGCGCGAGGGCUACUACCGCCUUAAGGGCGGAUGCGACUGCGCCAUCAACCGUGCCAUCGCCUACGCUCCUUACUGCGACGCAAUCUGGAUGGAGAGCAAGCUUCCCGACUUCAAGCAGGCGCAAGAGUUUGCUCAGGGUGUCCACGCCGUUUGGCCCGAGCAAAAGCUCGCUUACAACCUGUCGCCCUCUUUCAACUGGAAGACGGCGAUGCCCCGCGCCGAGCAGGAGACUUACAUCCGCCGCCUGGCGUCCCUCGGCUACUGCUGGCAAUUCAUCACCCUCGCCGGCUUGCACACGACCGCGCUCAUCAGCGACAAGUUCGCCAAGGCCUACAGCAAGCAGGGCAUGCGUGCCUACGGAGAGCUUGUCCAAGAACCCGAGAUGGAAGGAGGCGUCGAUGUGGUCAAGCACCAGAAGUGGAGUGGUGCGACAUACGUCGACGAGCUUCAAAAGAUGGUCACCGGUGGCAUCAGCAGUACCGCUGCCAUGGGUAAGGGUGUGACUGAGGAUCAGUUCCACUAG